AUGGAAAAGAUGGGAGAAGUGGUCAAACUGGCAAGUUACAUUUUGCUGAGUGAGCUUGAAGACCUAGGAAAAGAUGUUGAAUUUGAAGUUGUUGGUGAUACCCCAGAAAAAGUGGGACCUAAACAAGCUGAAGAUGCUGCCAGAAGUACAACCAUUGGCAGUGAUGACGGAGCUCAGCCUUCUACAUCCACAGCACAAGAGCAAGAUGAUGUUCUCAUAGUUGAUUCAGAUGAAGAAAUCACUUCAAAUAAUGCUGGUGGCAUCAGAGAAGAAGAGAAAGGUCACAAGAGGAAGUUGGAUGAGAAAGAGAAUGUCGGUGCAAAGAAGUCACACACAGAACCAACAGAUGAAAUUGAUGAAGUUAUUGCAUUAGAUUGA